AUGCGGUACUCUAUCCAGUCUGGCCUUUUACUGGCUGCAUCUUUGUCCCCCGUUGUUGAUGCUGAGCGUGUGUUGGGUGCGUAUAUUUUCGCCCGCCAUGGAGAUCGCACGCCAAAGGUCUUGGGUAGUACUCAGUUGACCGACCUGGGCUAUCGGGAGGUCUUUGAGACCGGUUCUUUUUACAACGAGCGAUACAUCUUGUCGAACUCUUCCAAGCAGAUCGAGGGCAUUAGUGCCGAUGUGGUCAACCCAAAGCAGAUCAGUGCCUCUGCUCCCUCGGAUACUGUGCUGCAGAACUCUGCCAUUGGCUUCCUACAGGGCGUCUAUCCCCCCGUGGGAAAAGUGGCUUCCCAGACCCUGGCCAAUGGAACCUCGGUCGAGGCACCAUUAAACGGCUACCAGCUCAUUCAGCUGAUACCUGCCACUACAAGCAAGAACGCCGAGGAUUCCACCUGGUUGCAAGGCUCCAGUGGAUGCCAGAAGGCCACCGUGAGCAGCAACAACUACUUUUUCUCCGAAAUCUACACCUCGCUGCUAUCCUCAACCAAGGAGUUCUACCAAUCGCUUUCGCCUAUGCUGGACAGUACAUUUGCCUCGUCUGAUAUGACAUUCAAGAACGCCUAUACCAUCUUCGACUACUUGAACGUUGGCAACAUCCAUAACUCUACCAGUCAAUUCCCUCACAAGUCAGACCUGACCGACGAGGUAUAUCAUCAGCUCAUUGCUCUAGCUGGAAGCCAUGAAUUCAACCUGGCUUAUAACUCCUCCGAUAAAGUGCGCGCCAUCGACGGCGCCGUUCUGGCAGGCGAAAUCCUGGCCGGACUUAACGAAACUAUCACUACCAAGGGCACGUCCAAGCUGAGCAUCGGAUUCGGCUCCUAUGGCACCAUCUUCUCCCUUUUCGGUCUUUUGCAGAUGCCUGCUGCAUCCGUCAACUUCACCGGAAUCCCGGACUACGCCUCGUCAAUGGUCUUCGAGCUGGUGACCAAUGCCAGUGGCACCGACUUCCCAACUGACAAGUCCGACCUGAGCGUGCGCUUCAUGUUCCACAAUGGUACCAUUACCGGUUCCUCUGAGCCUACCGUAUACCCAUUGUACGGUCAAUCAAGCGAGCUUCUUUCCUGGGACGACUUUGCCUCGAAGACCAAGGCGAUCGCCGUUACUUCCGAUGACGAGUGGUGUACCAUGUGUGGCAACACCGACGGCAAGUGCGCCAGUUCGGACAGCACCAGCAGCGACUCCGGCUCUGCUAGUACCUCUAGCACUGGUGGCUCGGGAAUGUCACUCGCUGUGGCGGGCGUCAUUGGUGCCAUGGUUACCCUCGCAGUGAUUCUUGGUCUGCAGGCUAUCUUCUUCCUACUUGGUGGCUUCCGCAUUGCAAAGCGGAACAAGGCUAGUCCUAGCCCUGAAGUCAUGAGCUCGUCUGUGAUGGAGGCGGGUAAAAAGGUUUGA